CAAGACAGUUUUCAAGAUGCAAGGACUGGUGAUCGUGUCGUUAAUCUUGUCACUUGGGUGUUUUGAGCCCGCGUCAGCUCAAAAUGGUUCUACAAGUGGUGACUGGUGGAAAGACACCUUCAUCUACCAGAUCUACCCCCGUAGCUUCAAGGACAGCAACGGUGACGGAGUCGGAGAUUUGAAUGGUAUCACCUCCAAGCUGGAUCAUCUAGCAGACUUGGGUGUAAGCGCAGUUUGGCUGUCACCGAUUUACGCCAGCCCUAUGGUAGACUUCGGAUACGACAUCUCCAAUUUCACAGCAGUGGAUCCAACCUUCGGAACGUUGGCUGACUUUACGCGUCUUGUUACAAGAGCAAAAUCACUCAAGCUUAAAGUAAUCUUGGACUUUGUUCCUAACCACAGCUCAGACAAGCACCCGUGGUUCCUCAAGAGCGUCCAGAAAGUCAAGCCCUACGACGAGUACUACAUUUGGCGAGACGCCAAAAUGGUCAACGGAACGCGUCAGCCACCCAACAAUUGGCUAAGCGAGUUCCAAGGUUCAGCUUGGGAAUGGAACAACCAACGAAAGCAGUACUACUACCAUGAAUUCACCGUUGGCCAACCUGACCUCAACUACCGCAGCUCGGCUCUUCAAGAAGAAAUGAAGAACGUUUUCCGCUUCUGGCUGAACCUCGGCGUAGACGGGUUCCGCGUCGACGCUAUCAACUUCCUAGUCGAAGACUCCAGAUUUCUAGACGAACCCAAGAUCCCCAACACCGGAUUCGCCGACACUGACCCCAGAACUCUUCGACAUAUCUACACUUCAGACCAAAACGAGACCUACCAAGUAGUUCAAUCCUGGCGCCAAUUAAUAGACUCCUACAACGGAACCCGCAAGCUCCUCCUAACUGAAGCUUACACCACUCCAGCUUACACCGCCAAGUACUUCCAAUACGGCUCCAACAUCCCCUUCAACUUCAUCUUCCUCCGGAACAUCACCAGCCCUUCCAAACCUCUAGACUACAAACGCGCCAUCGACCGCUUCAUCAACCUGGUUCCUCCUGGGUCCAUUCCCAAUUGGGUAACAGGUAACCACGACAACUCCAGAGUCGCCUCCAGAUUUGGUCCUCACAGAGCCGACCAGAUCACCAUGAUCGCCGCAAUUCUUCCCGGAGUCGCUAUCAUCUACAACGGCGACGAAUUGGGUAUGGUUGACCGUCCAAUGUCCUGGAAGGAAACCAUUGACCCAGCUGGCUGCAAUGCUGGACCUAGCAGGUACAACCUCACUUCUAGGGACCCUGCAAGGACUCCCUUCCAGUGGGACGCUACUAAGAACGCUGGGUUCUCUUCCGGGAACAAAACCUGGCUGCCAAUCAAUUCUAACUACAAAUUCCUAAAUCUAGCCACUGAAAAGACCCUGGCUAAUUCUUCCUACUCUAUCACCAAGAAGCUGGUAGCCUUGAAGCAAAAUCCUAUUGUCAAAACUGGAACCACUAUGGUCACUGUCAUCUAUGCAUACUUCCUUGGAAUUGCAAGACGGCUCCCUAAUCAGAAUCCUGUUGUCCUGGUGGUGAAUCUUUACAACCAUACAAUGCACGCUGAUGUUGCUACUUUUAUGAACAUUCCUAAGUAUAUGACCGUCUAUAUUGCCAACGCUGCUGCCAAGUUGACAGCUGGAACCAGAAUUGACACCUCUUUUUUGCAACUUCAGGGUAACGCUUCAGUAAUUCUGAUUUAAUAAAU